AUGAUGGCGAUGGAUGCUUACUCUCGGCAUAAAGAACUCAUAAACUUGUACUACCUAUCGUAUCCAGGGGCCACGAAUGUGUUACAACGUGACACAAGUAGGGAUCGCACUGAUUAUGAUGUUCUCAAAGAUAAUCAUAAAUUUUUAUGGAGUGAUGCGGAUGACGCUUCUCUAGCAACUAGUUGGGAAGCACGAAUGGCAAAAAAGUAUUACGAUAAACUUUUCAAAGGCUAG